AUGUCCUCAGACAUCGUCAACCCAUCCCCACUCCUGAAGAUCGACAUUAUCUCGGCUCAGGACCUCGCGUCGGUGAGCCACUCCAUGCGCACGUACGCCGUCGCGUGGGUGCAUCCGGAUCGGAAGUUCUCCACCCGCGUGGACACCCGCGGCCAGUGCAACCCCACGUGGAACGACAAAUUCGUCUUCUGCGUCGACCAGGAGUUCCUCCGGCGCGAGACCUCAGCAGUCAUGGUAGAGAUCUACGCCGUCCAUUGGUUCAGGGACGUGCUCAUCGGGACAGUACGGGUCCUGGUCAGCAACUUCGCGCCGCCGUCUUCCUGGCCCUUCCGUCGCAAGCAGCUCAUCGGCAUGCGCGUCGUGGCGUUGCAAGUGCGCCGCCCGUCGGGGAGGCCGCAAGGGAUAUUGAACGUCGGCGGCACGUUGCUAGAUAGCUCCAUGGGAAGCAAGCCAUUGUACACCCAAUAA